UAGAGGUACUCAGUAAGACAGUGAUGGAUAAGCUACUCACACUUCUGGUUCUAUUAAACAUCCAAACUUUGGCUACAUUAUCUCAUCCUUCGGAUGAAACACCCCCGCAACUCGAUGGCCGGAUAAUUGGAGGAGAAUCGACAACCAUUCAACAGUUCCCAUAUCAAGUAUCUUUACGACAUAAUGGAUUUCACUUCUGCGGAGGUUCAAUCUACAAAUCAAAUAUCAUCAUCACCGCGGCUCAUUGCGUUAAGGGUGAAGACGUUACAAGACUAACCGUAGUUGCAGGAAGCUCAUAUACCAACCAGGGAGGGAUUGAACUUCCUGUUCAAAACUAUACAUUUCAUUCAAAAUUCUCGCUUCUUACCUGCGACUAUGACGUGGCGGUGUUGCUCUUGCAAGGUGAAUUCUCUUUCAGUGAGAGCAUUCAGCCUAUUGAGAUGGCAUCCUCUGUUAGUGCUUCUAGGGCUGGAACCAGCGUAACUAUCAGCGGUUGGGGGUAUCUUCAAGAACACGGAUAUCCUUCGGAUGUUUUGCAAUAUGUGGUUGUUAAUACGAUUAGUGAAGCAGAAUGCGUAGAUGCUUAUCCCAGAUUAUUCACGGAUAGAAUGAUAUGUGCAAGGGCCAAAAACAAAGACGCAUGCAAUGGUGAUUCAGGUGGCCCAAUGGUUGUUGCCGGUAGAUUGGCUGGAAUCGUCUCCUGGGGGAAUGGAUGUGCUGAUCCCAAAUAUCCGGGGGUUUACUCGAAUGUUGCAAUUUUGAGAAGUUGGAUUGAAGAAAACACUUUGGAGUUGUUAAAACAGUUAAAGUGAAAAUGAACGAAAAUUGUUUCAGGAAAAAUAA